GACAAACUGACUUCCUUCACAUUUCUUGUCAGUUAUGAGAAAGUCAAGGUGUUGUAAGACUCACUUGUCCAGACAACAGUAGUCUAAGGAGAAAAAUAGUAUACCCGGGGAAAGAAAACUCAAAAUCAAUGAACCUCUAUAAGAAUUUUGGGAAUCUCUUUGAGAAUUGGGUGACGGAAGGCAGCCUGGAUUUACACUAUCACACAGGAGCUGGUGUGGAUGGAUUCAACCUCACUGAAAGUGACUCUGUGUCCAGGGAUUUUCUUCCAAUAUCCAAUAUAAAGUCUGAAUCGGAGGACUCUGGAUUUGAAACGGUCAGUACGAUAAGUCCCUGUCAUUCUCAUCAGGUAUCUCAGCUUACAGAUCACGGCUCUCCGGAGGAUGAUGUUCAACCUUCAUCUCCAGCUCCUUCUGUUUGCUCCUCAUCCUCCUCAUGUGUCUCGCUUGGCUCUGUGGCUCCAAGAAACACAUGUCUGAAGGUAGAACAAGCUUUGAGACGGACAGAACAAACGUCAGGGCAUGUCACAAGAAAAGGACCCCAGCAUCAGAUGGAAAGCAGGGUCCCUGCACCACGGUACCGUUGUAACACGGCCUCCUUUCCAACCAGCUGUCACACAAACAACUUCAGAGAACAUCAUCGGUUUAGUCGUCCAAGGAGAAUUCAUUCACAACCUCCAGAUCACAAGAAAGCCGAGCUGUACAGAAAACAUUGGAACCGGUUGGGGUUUGAAGAAGCGGAGCAAAGGAGAUUAGACAAGCUCUCUCCAGGGCUUCUUUACCUGGAGCAGGUCUGCAGGAUGCUGGAGAACAUUGCAAAGCUGCAGCAGCAAAACCACAACCUCCAGAAGGAGGUGGAGAACCUUAAGAGUCAGCAUGCUGAAACAGAGUGUGCGCGAUUGAAUGAGAAAGCAAUAAACUAUCUUGCAAGACAAAGAUUAGAGGUUUUGGCUCAUGAAGAUUCAAGCAGCCUAUCGACUUUCUCAGAGGAACCUGCACCGUUUCGGCACAGAUCUGUGUCUGACACUCGGGCAUCCUUGGGCCGUCAAAGGAGGGCAGGGUUUGCUCAAGAUGAAUCUUUUGCAGGUGUCUUAUUCGAGGAACCUGACAGUAAUGAUCCUCAGCCACCACAACAUGAAUCCAAAAAGCCAAGUAAGAUCCAGAAGAUAAAAUUUACUUCACUUAGAAGACAGGAAACACAAAAGCCUCCCCAAAGCAAAAGCGAUCAGCCAAAGAAGAAGACAAAACUGUCGAACUUUUUCAGGAGUAGAAGGAUGACCACACGUUUAUGAAAUCUGUGGUACAUUGUAACCCUGUGAAUAGCUUUAUAAUGGAGAUACACACCUUCACAACACAGUUUACAAUUAAUUGUUAUCAUUUUAUAGUAUGUUUACUAAAGUACUAAAAACAGAAAAUAAAACAUAAUGUGUAAGCAUUCUGUGUUAAUACACUGUAACGAGGAAGGCGGGACGAGAGCCGUGAGGUAACGGUGCGA